CGAUCCAUCAUGGCGAUGCAUGCAAAGACGACUCCGCCACAGAUCCCGGACACUCGCCGGGAGCUAGCUGAACUGGUGAAGAGAAAACAAGAGCUCGCUGAGACAUUGGUGAACUUGGAAAGACAAAUAUAUGCAUUUGAAGGUAGCUACCUAGAAGAUACUCAGAUGUAUGGUAACAUCAUCAGAGGAUGGGACCGAUACCUCACCAACCAAAAAAACUCCAAUAGUAAGACUGAUAGAAGAAACAGAAAAUUCAAGGAAGCAGAGCGUUUAUUUAGCAAGUCAUCUGUGACAUCAGUGGCAGCAGUAUGUGCGCUCGGUGGGAUACCAGAUCACAUGAAUGAAAAACGUGAAGCAGGCAGCGGAACAGAAAGUGACACCUCUCCAGAUCUUCAGAACCAAGAGAAUGAACCCAGCCAGGAGGACACAGAGGAUGUGGAUUCAACACUGCAGGACCUAAAGCCUCAGAAGGCUGCCUCCUCUUCCUCCUCGGGCAGCCAUCACGGGAGCCACAAGAAGAGAAAAAACAAAAACAGACACAGGGAUACUGGUUUCAGAGACAACGUAGAUGGAUGGCCUGAACAUCAUGUGAUAAAAAGCAGGUCUUUAAAGAUGCGUUCAGGUUUGACAUGAAGGUUAACAAGAAACCAAGAGCUGAUUAUUCAACUUAACCAGGACGACGGGACGAUCUGAAGACGUGAGGAUACCUGUAGAGAUACACAACAUUUUGGGACUUUGUGAACUUUGCAUGCCUUUUUUGGGGGGGGUGUCAUACUUCCACUUGUACUGUGUGUAUUGCUUGAAACAUUCCCCCUGCAACCGACCCGCGGUUGUGACCUACCCAUUAAAGUAGACGUAUGGUGUUGUAUGUUACUUCAUCAGGCCUUAUAAGGCCAACCUCCAGUAACACAUCAUCUUGUAUAUUGUUGAAUAAAAGACUGUAUUUAUUAUCUAGCUAAUUUCCACAUUUCUGAUUGUAAGAAAGUUUCACCUUUUUGUUAAGUGUCAGGUGGUUGUAUAAGCCCAGAAUACCCACAAUUCUUUUAUUACGUGGUUUGUUUUGCAGAAAAAUAAAAAAAAGCACCAGUGA